GCGCUCAGAGCGCCGGAAAUACACCCCCUCUGGAGCGGAUAGGCGCAGGCGCAGUAGCAGCACGGAGAGAGUGCGCUUCAGUACAGGAACAUGGCCCCAUCACCUACCAAACGCAGGGAACGUUCAGAAGAUAAAGGCAGAGAAAGGGGCAAAGAAAAGGCUGCAGCGAAGGAAGGUGCUGAGAAGGAGAAGGAGAAGGAGAGGGGCAGGGACAAGAACCGCAAACGCCGCAGUAACUCUACUGGGAGCAGCAGCAGCAGGUCUAGAUCCAGCUCCAGCUCCAGCAGCAGCUCUGGAUCCAGCUCUGGUUCAUCCAGUGGUUCCAGCUCCUCCUCUGGCUCCAGCCGCUCUGGAUCCUCCAGCUCUUCUCGCUCCUCCAGUUCCUCUGGUUCCUCGGGGUCGCCGAGCCCCAGUCGCCGCCGACACGACAACCGCAGACGCUCACGGUCAAAGUCCAAAUCGCAGAAAAGGGGAGAGGAGAAGGAAAGGAAGAGGAGAAGUCCGAGUCCGAAACCUACCAAACUUUGCCUGGGAAGACUGACCAGGAAUGUCACGAAGGAUCACAUCCAAGAGAUUUUCUCCACCUACGGGAAGAUCAAAAUUAUUGAUAUGCCACAAGACCGGUUACAUCCAAACUUGUCCAGGGGCCACGCCUAUAUCGAGUUUGAGACCCCAGAGGAGGCCCAGAAGGCUCUGAAGCACAUGGAUGGAGGUCAGAUCGAUGGUCAGGAGAUAACAGCUACAGCUGUCCUGACCCCCAGGAUACGCCCUGCUCCCCGCAGGAUGACUCCUCCACGCAGGAUGCCGCCUCCGCCCCCGAUGUGGCGUCGAACUCCACCACGCAUGAGGAGAAGGUCUCGUUCGCCUCGUCGUCGCUCUCCAGUGAGAAGACGCUCUCGCUCCAGAUCUCCGGGCCGCCGACGCCAUCGCUCACGCUCCAGCUCCAACUCCUCACGAUAGAGAGGCUCUUCUCACACCUGACGAAGCUUUUAGUGCAGCGAUGCACCUUCACUUCACCACCAACAGAGCUGAAACUGCAGGGCCUGAUCUGAACGCGGACAGAAACCGUUAACGUUGCAUCAGAAACGAUUAGUCAUUCGUAAAAAUCCAUAUUUUUCCCCCUUCAGGAUUUAUUUGUACCUGAAAUCCCCUGUCAUCACAUUAUCGUACCCACUGAAGUGAAAGAGCGUAGUUUUUUCUUUUCCUCUGUGAGCCUACUGUGCGUACUGAGUGGAAGUUUCGCAUUUUAUCAUAUUUUUACAUAACUUUGAGGUUAAACCUAACUCUGAUGAGACUUGAUUUUUUUCUGUAUUUUGGAUCAUCAAUUAAAACGUUUCUUUACAAA